CUACUACUAUCAUAAUGUAAAAUGCAGAAGAGAAAUGUUUGACAAAGACAUAGUAAUGCUCCAGACGGGUGCAUCUAUGAUGGAUCCAAACCACUUUUUGAUGAUGAUGCUGUGUCGCUUUGAACUUUAUCAGAUAUUUAGUACUCCUGAUUAUGGCAAAAGAUUCAGUUCUGAAAAUACCAAUAAGGAUAUGGUUCAGCAAAAUAAUACUCUUAUUGAAGAAAUGUUAUACCUAAUUAUAAUUAUUGUUGGAGAGAGAUUUACUCCAGGAGUUGGGCAGAUUAAUGCUACAGAUGAAAUCAAAAGAGAGAUUAUUCACCAGCUAAGCAUCAGACCCAUGGCUCAUAGCGAAUUAGUAAAAGCAUUGCCAGAAGAUGAAAACAAAGAGACUGGAAUGGAAACCGUGAUUGAAGCAGUUGCCUGUUUCAAGAAACCAGGAUUAACAGGAAGAGGCUUAUAUGAACUGAAGCCAGAAUGUACUAAAGAUUUCAAUUUAUAUUUUUACCAUUUUUCAAGGGCAGAACAGUCUAAGGCAGAGGAAGCCCAAAGAAAACUAAAACGACCAAACCGGGAAGACACAGCACUCCCACCUCCUGUAUUACCACAAUUCUGCCCUCUGUUUGAAAGCCUGAUUAAUAUUCUACAGUGCGAUGUGAUGUUAUGCCUUAUGAGAACAAUACUUCAGUGGGCAGUAGAGCAUAAUGGAUAUGCCUGGUCAGAAUCCAUGCUACAAAGGAUUCUCCACUUGAUUGGAAUGGCACUACAAGAAGAAAAACAACACAUUGAGAAUGCUAAUGAAGAUAAUGUUGUGACAUUUACGUUCGCUCAGAAGAUUUCAAGGCCUGGUGAGACACCUCGCAAUUCCCCAAGCAUAUUAGCUAUGCUAGAAACUUUGCAAAAUGCACCCCAACUAGAAGUGCAUAAAGACAUGAUCAGAUGGAUACUAAAGACUUUUAAUACUGUUAAGAAACUCCAAGAGAGAUCUUCUACAAGUCCUGUUUUGGAGACUGAGGGAAAUAUUAUGGAAGAGAGCUCACGAGAUAAAGAAAAGGCUGAGAGAAAACGCAAAGCAGAGAUUGCUAGAUUGCGAAGGGAGAAGAUCAUGGCACAGAUGUCUGAGAUGCAGCGACAUUUCAUUGAUGAAAACAAAGAACUCUUCCAGCAAACCUUAGAUGAACUUGAAACUUCUACCUCCAGAGUGCAUGAUAAUAGUCCUUCAGAUUCAGAUGCCAGGCUUAUUGCCUUGGGUCCUGAGCAGACUAAAGUGUGUGAACAAAGACAGAUAGUUACUUGUAUCUUAUGCCAAGAGGAACAGGAGGUCAAAAUGGAUAACAGAGCAAUGGUGCUGGCAGCAUUUGUUCAGAGAUCGACAAUCUUGUCCAAAAAUAGAAACAUAGUGAUUUCAGAUCCUGAAAAAUAUGAUCCAUUAUUUAUGCAUCCAGACCUGUCAUGUGGAACACACACUGGUAGCUGUGGACAUAUUAUGCAUGCACAUUGCUGGCAAAGGUAUUUUGAUGCUGUGCAAGCAAAAGAACAAAGACGACAACAAAGAUUACGAGUGCACACAAGUUAUGAUGUAGAAAAUGGUGAAUUCCUUUGUCCUCUCUGUGAAUGCUUAAGCAAUACUGUCAUUCCUCUUCUUCCUCCUCCAAGGACUUUAUUUAGCAGGUUAGUAACUCCAUGUAAUAACUUGUUUAAUUAGAUAAAAUCAGAAAUCCUUUCUUGAACCAUUAUGAUUUUUUACAGGGAUUGAAAAAUCAGGAACCUUUACCUUCCAGUAACUACAUGCAGGAUUUGAAUGUGUUGUACAUUUUGAAUUAAGUUACUAAGUUUUGAAACUCUAAAUAUUCAGCAAAUAGAUUAAAAUCUUGGGUCGGCUUUGUAUAUUUCUAUCACCUUGACCAUGUUGAACAGGAUUUUUUAUUGAGAGUGAAACACUAAUUGGCUCUUUAAUGCAAUAUAAGGAAAUGGGAAGAAUGGAAGAAGUGUGAACUAAGGAAACAUCAAAGAAAAGUAUCAAGUGUAUUAUAGAAAAGAUAAUUCAGAAUCAGGGAUAGAAAUAAAAAUGUAAAGAAAGUUUCAUAUAGAUUGAAACAUUUAUUAGUGACAGAAAUGAAUAAAAAUACAGGUAGUCCUCAUUUAGUGACUGCCUUAUUU